CCCCUCCGCGGCCGGAGCUCGGUCGCUGCCCCGCCUUCUCCGGGGAGCGCCAGGCGGGAGCGGCCCGGACCCCGGGCUCGCGCGGGAGACGACGCGCCACAAACUUUGCCUUUUAUUGUUCCUAGCCCUUUAAGUGCGAGGGACUCCGCUGGGCAGGAAAAAUGUCCUUCUUCAAUUUCCGUAAGAUCUUCAAGUUGGGGAGCGAGAAGAAGAAGAAGCAGUACGAGCACGUGAAGAGAGACCUGAACCCCGAAGAGUUUUGGGAGAUUAUAGGAGAACUGGGCGACGGAGCCUUUGGGAAAGUGUAUAAGGCCCAGAAUAAAGAGACCAAUGUUUUAGCUGCUGCAAAGGUGAUUGACACCAAAUCUGAAGAAGAACUUGAAGAUUAUAUGGUUGAGAUUGACAUAUUAGCAUCUUGUGAUCACCCGAACAUAGUCAAGCUUCUAGAUGCCUUCUAUUAUGAGAACAAUCUUUGGAUCCUCAUUGAAUUUUGUGCAGGGGGAGCAGUAGAUGCUGUGAUGCUUGAACUUGAGAGACCAUUAACUGAGUCCCAAAUCCAAGUAGUUUGUAAGCAGACUUUAGAGGCACUGAGUUACUUACAUGACAAUAAAAUCAUCCACAGAGAUCUGAAAGCUGGCAAUAUUCUUUUUACCUUAGAUGGAGACAUUAAAUUGGCGGAUUUUGGAGUAUCAGCUAAAAACACCAGGACAAUUCAAAGGAGGGAUUCCUUUAUUGGCACACCAUAUUGGAUGGCUCCUGAAGUAGUCAUGUGUGAGACAUCAAAGGACAGGCCUUAUGACUAUAAAGCUGACGUUUGGUCCCUGGGUAUUACUUUAAUAGAAAUGGCUGAGAUAGAGCCACCUCACCAUGAGUUAAAUCCAAUGCGAGUGUUGCUAAAAAUAGCAAAAUCUGAGCCCCCAACAUUAGCACAGCCGUCAAAAUGGUCUUCAAAUUUUAAGGACUUUCUAAAGAAAUGCUUGGAAAAGAAUGUGGAUGCACGGUGGACUACAUCUCAGCUAUUACAGCAUCCCUUUGUUACUGUUGAUUCCAACAAACCAGUCCGAGAAUUGAUUGCUGAGGCAAAGGCUGAAGUAACAGAAGAGGUUGAAGAUGGCAAGGAGGAAGAUGAUGAUGAGGAAGCAGAGAAUGCUCUGCCAAUACCUGCAAAUAAACGUGCCUCCUCUGACCUCAGUAUUGCCAGCUCUGAAGAAGAUAAACUUUCUCAAAAUGCUUGUAUUUUGGAAUCUGUAUCAGAAAGAAUAGAGAACAGUACUGCUGGGGAUAAAUUUAGCAACAAAGUUCUUAAUGAAAAACCCAUCACUGACGAACCUCCGAAGGCUGUGAAAGGUGUUAAUGAGCAUACGGAUGAUUCUAACAUGGCUGAACUCAAUGACCAAACAGUAGGAAUCCAUGAGAAUGGGAGACAGAAGAGACCUAAGCUGGAAGAUCAAGCUGACACAGAAGACCAACCAACUGUGGCUGUUAAUUCGGUCAGUGAAGGAAAUGAGGGGAAUAUAGUAACUUUAGAAACGGACACUAACCAUCUGAAACCAGAAGAAGACAGGAAGAAAGAAAACCAGGAGAUACUUGAGAAUAAACUUAUCCAACCUGAAGAAAUUAAAGAUACGCAUAUUCAAACAAUGGACUCGGUGUCUCAAGAGACUGGAGAAACCGAGGCAGAUUUUCAGGCAGUUGACAAUAAAGUUGGGUUUACAAAAGAAGAUGCCCAAGAGAAACUGGGAAAAGAUGACAAAACUCACCAAGUUGUAGUCAGUGAAGCAGGAACACAUGAGGCACUAGAUGCUGCUGAGAAGGUUCCUGAACACAGCAGCAAGGAUGCACAGAGUGCUGAUGGGAAUGAAGUAGUGGAAGGAACCUGGAAGUUAGAGAAGCCCACGGAGAGCCCUGAGGCUGGUGGUGCUGAGGAAGAACCUUCUGUUCAAGAAAGAGUUGAGAAUGAAGAGCUAGGUCAACAGUCCGCAGCGUGUGACGGUGAGGGACCGUUAAUCAGCACUUCAGAGACCACACAGGCAACCAUUGAGGAGCCAGGGACAGAUGAAGUGGAGCAGGUCAGUGAGGCCCAUGGCAUUGAGGAGACAGAGAGACGUGCAGUGACUGGCGGUGCUGAGGAGCAGGCUCUAGGAAGUGAAGCUGAGGCUGCCGCCACCGCCACCGAGGGAGAGCUGGCGAGGGAGGAAACUGCACAGGGAGUGCCAGUUAAACCAGAGCCCCAAGCUCCUGCAGCCUCGCAGCCCAGCGAGCCUCGUCCUGUCCUAAUACCCAGGAUCAAUAUUAACUCAGAAAACACAGAGAGUAAAGGAGAAACGGGUGCUUUACCAAAACCUGAAACCAUACUGCCACAGGAGCCUGAAACCGAAAAGGAGAACGACGCCGACUCAGGGACCGGGUCUGCUGUGGAGACCAGCAGCAGUGACUUGAAUUUGUCCAUCUCUAGCUUCUUAAGCAAAACUAAAGACAGCGGGUCAAUGUCUUUACAAGAGACAAGAAGACAGAAGAAAACAUUGAAGAAAACACGCAAAUUUAUUGUUGAUGGUGUAGAAGUGAGUGUAACAACGUCAAAGAUAGUUACAGAUAGUGACUCCAAAACUGAGGAAUUGCGGUUUCUCAGGCGUCAGGAACUUCGAGAGCUGAGAUUUCUUCAAAAGGAAGAGCAGAGGGCCCAGCAACAGCUCAAUGGCAAACUGCAGCAGCAGCGAGAGCAGAUUUUUAGGCGCUUUGAGCAAGAAAUGAUGAGUAAGAAGCGACAAUAUGACCAAGAAAUUGAGAAUCUAGAGAAGCAGCAGAAACAGACAAUUGAACGACUAGAACAAGAGCACACGAACCGCUUGAGAGAUGAAGCCAAAAGGAUCAAAGGCGAGCAAGAGAAGGAGCUGUCCAAGUUCCAGAACAUGCUCAAAAACCGCAAGAAGGAGGUUAUAAAUGAAGUGGAGCAAGCACCUAAAGAGCUGAGAAAAGAGCUCAUGAAACGCACGAAAGACGAGCUUGCACAAAGCCAGCACGCUCAGGAACAAGAAUUUGUUCAGAAGCAACAACAAGAAUUAGAUGGCUCUCUGAAAAAGAUCAUCCAGCAACAGAAGGCAGAGUUGGCCAAUAUCGAGAGAGAGUGCUUGAAUAACAAGCAGCAGCUCAUGAGAGCUCGAGAAGCUGCGAUUUGGGAGCUUGAAGAGCGACACUUACAAGAAAAGCACCAGCUGCUUAAGCAGCAACUCAAAGACCAGUACUUCAUGCAGAGACACCAGCUGCUUAAACGUCACGAGAAGGAAACAGAACAAAUGCAGCGUUAUAAUCAACGACUUAUUGAGGAAUUGAAGAACAGACAGACUCAGGAACGAGCAAGACUACCCAAGAUUCAGCGAAGUGAGGCCAAGACCCGAAUGGCCAUGUUUAAGAAGAGUCUGAGAAUUAACUCAACAGCCACACCAGACCAGGACCGUGAAAAAAUCAAACAGUUUGCUGCACAAGAAGAAAAGAGGCAGAAAAAUGAGAGGAUGGCUCAGCAUCAGAAACACGAGAGCCAGAUGCGGGACCUCCAGUUGCAGUGUGAAGCCAAUGUCCGAGAACUGCAUCAGCUGCAGAAUGAAAAAUGCCACCUGUUGGUUGAACACGAGACUCAGAAACUGAAGGAGUUGGAUGAGGAGCACAGCCAAGAGCUAAAGGAGUGGAGAGAGAGGCUGAGGCCGAGGAAGAAGACACUGGAAGAAGAGUUUGCCAGGAAACUGCAGGAGCAGGAAGUGUUUUUUAAAAUGACUGGGGAGUCGGAAUGUCUUAAUCCAUCAGCACAGAGCCGUAUCUCCAAAUUCUACCCUAUUCCCACCUUGCAUUCCACUGGGUCAUAGCGAUAGCAGCAUUCUCUGUCUGGAUUUGGCUUCUAAGUACAUCAUUGUAUUCCUUCAUCUUCCACAGUAUGUAUGACUCACAAAGACAAUCACCUGUUUCAUCUUCUCGGUGGUUCUGAAAAUUUGUUUCUUGGAUUUUAUUGUUAACAGAGAUGAAGGGCAAACGAACUAAGACAGAUGCCAGGCCAUGUUGGCGAGUAGCAUCUUGCAGUAAUUCCCUAAGGUGAUUUUGUAUAUUGACUUUAAAUAUUGUAUUCUUUAGACACUGUUACUGAAAAACUGCCAGAAAAAUAAUGUUUAAAAGUAUUUGGAGGAAAGAAAAACCAAACCUGUUACAUCACUAAGUAUUAAUAAAUAUUGUUUUACCUGA